AUGACACUACACGUCGUUGAGGUUGCCCGAGUCACCCCCGCAUACGACUCGGACUCGAUCCUCAACUCAACCAACUCGCUCACAAUCCCUUUGACUUUCUUCGAUCUUCCAUGGUUACUAUUCCACCCUACCAAGCGAGUUUUCUUCUACAGACUCGCCGAGUCGACUCGAGAGCAUUUCCACUUCUUCAUCGUCCCUAAGCUCAAGCUCUCUCUUUCCCUCGCCCUCCGCAACUACCUCCCUCUCUGCGGCCGCAUCACCUGGGACCCAAACGAGUCCAAACCGAACAUCGUCGUCACUCAAAACGACGCAGUUUCAGUGACCAUCGCCGAGACUGACGCUGAUUUCUCUUAUCUCUCCGGCUAUGGACAACGUCCAGUCUCCGAGUUAUACACUUUGCUACCAGAGUUACCGGUUUCCGAUGACUCAGCCACCGCUUUCUCUCCGCAAAUCACCUUGUUCCCUAACCAAGGAUUCUCCAUCGGCUUUGCAUCACACCACGCCGUUGGGGACGGAAAGUCGUCAACUACGUUCAUCAAAGCUUGGGCUUACUUGUGCAAACAACACCUCGAGAACGGAGCCGUCUCUCUACCGGAGAAUCCAACACCGUCUCUUGAUCGGUCGUUGCUCAAAGACCUUACAUGGCUCGAUGAAAAGAUGAUCGAGAUCGUAAGAUCAAUGAAAGAGAACAAAACCAACGAGAGAAGCCUGAGUCCAAUUCUCAUCGGAGAACUCGGAGACGAAAUCGUCCUCGCCACGGUCGUGCUGUCUAGCGACGACGUGGAGAGACUCCGGGAGCGAGUCAAGAACGAGUCAAAUCGGCCGCUUCUUCACUUGUCCACAUUCGUCAUCGCCUACGCAUACACGUGGACCUGCCUUGUGAAGGCACGUGGUGGAGACGUGGAGCAGCGUUCCGUGAGUUUCCUCUUCGUAGGAGAUUUCAGAGAGCGGUUGGAUCCGCCGCUCCCGGUGACCUACUUCGGAAACUGCAUGUUUCCGGCGGGUUGUUACAUCCGCAAGGCGGCAGAGUUUGCGGACGAGAGAGGAUUCGUAACGACGGUGGAGAUCUUAAGCGAUUUAGUCACAGGUUUGAGCUCACGAAAGAUAGAGACGGUGGCGAAAGAAUUCGCGGAUGGUUUCGAUGCUGCGUGUGAGAGCACACAGUACGGGGCGGUAGCCGGGUCGACCCGAUUGAGAGUAUACGAGACGGAUUUCGGGUGGGGAAAACCGCUUAAGACUGAUGUUCUGUCCGUUGGUGAAGGAGGAGGAAUGUCAAUGGCAGAGAGACGUGACGAAUCAGGUGGCAUAGAGAUCGGAGUGUGCUUGAAGAAGGCUGAGAUGGACAUAUUCCUUUCUAUUUUUAACCAUGGUUUACAAAGCUAA